AAAAUGUUUAUCUCAAAAGUAACAGCAUUGCGCAUGCGGAUGUCCCAUCAUCCAUUACGUUCAUCAUGGCGACCAGAGGGUGAGUUGGAAGGAGUGAUAUGAGGAUGUCAACAUCUCUACGUUAGGUCGACGCAACGGGGAUCUCUCAAGUUCUUUACCGACGUAAUAACGUAACGUUACGGUGCGCUGCGGACAUCACGUCAUACCAGCACUGCCCAGUCUAGCACAUCGCGGCGGCGCCACGGAGGGAGGAACUCGACAUGUUCGCCCCGUACGAAGACAAAAAGGCGUCCUUCCUGGACGAAAAGAAGUCCGCUCGCGUCAACAGACAGGAGGAGAUACGGAGAGACCACUCUGCUACAAAAAUCCAGGCGGUGGUGAGAAGAUUCUUGGCCGUUUCCAGCCUGAGGAAACAAACGCAGGGCGAUCUACAGUCUCUCAUCGGGUGGGCGCGGGAGGUGAGCCCGACUAGCUCUCCCGACAAGGCCAAGUUUGCACCAGCUGUGACCGUCUUCAAGGCCACCGAGAGAUUCCUCUACUUCUUUGACCAAAAGAAAGACCAUGUCCUGUUCCAGACUCUCUGUCGUUACAUCUUGGCCUCCAUGGAGGUGGAGGGAGACUCCAAGAUUUGGUACGUGUCGCUGGCUCUCAGCAAGGAACAUGUGUUGCCAUGGAUACAGCAGAUGAAGAAGCUGCUGUGGCAGUGCUGCUGCUACCUGAAGACGCUCAAGCCGGACAACAAUGACCAGUCCAAGCUGGUCAGUCUGUACCUGAACAUGGUGGUCAUCUUCACCGACACCACCACCUGGAAGGUGUUGAAGAUCAAGGGCAGCGAGGCGCUACGCCCGGGGAUGAACCAGCUGUGUGCCAAUCUUCUCGGACACUUGACGUCCAAGGAUCUCUACGUGAUCCUGCAGGCUCUACUGAAGAGGGGACUGGAGCGGUCCCAGCCCACGCUGAAGCGAGCAGCACUGGCAGCCAUUGUCACCAUCUCCAUGAGACCUCUCAUCUCUACACAGUUUUCCCAGCACCUGCUGACGGCAUUCCUGGUGCACAUCCUGUCCCUGCCAGGCCUGAUCCUGCACCUGUCCACCAUCGCAGAGCAGACACUGCUUCUCUUCAGGAACAACAACGUUCUGGAGAAGAGCAUUCGUCUGUUGGAACAGGAACAGAACAUCAGGAUUGUGUUUAACUCGCUGGAGGGCAGCUACUCGCUGUGUCUGCUGGCCAACAUGGUCCAACUGGCCUACCUCCAGCUGGACAUGCUGCCUGUCAUCAUGGAGCCCUUCAUGGGAGUGGUCAUCAUGCUCCUGGCCAGGUGCCAGAGUUACGUACAGAACAAGCAGUCCAGUCUGACCCACUGGCACCCCGUUCUGGGGUGGUUCUCCCAGAGAAUAAACCCCACCCUGAACGAGGCCAUGCCGAACGUGGUAAAGCAGCUGCAGCUCCUCUGGGCCAGGAACAUGGUGAAACAGCUCUUUAGUGAGGUCCUCAGAUUCAAACCAAUGGCAGGAACUCCAACAACUGAGACACCAGAAACUGCACCUGUGAAGAAAGCCUUUAAGAAAGCUCUACAGAAGUCUUCAGUUAAGCUGAAGGAGAUGCGCAGCUCCGGUGGAAGAAAGUUGGAUUCUCCGGAGGUCCUGUCUGUGUGCCACGUGUGUGUUCUCUACCAGUCCUGUCUCAAAACACUCACACAGCUUAAACUGGACAUACUUACUGGUUUGUGUCUCCAAGAGGACCUUCUGUCCAAGCUGUGGGGGUUUAUAGAUGAGCUGGGCCCCAGCGGUGGACUGAAGCUGUUCCUGGAGUCUCUAACCUCCGACACAGAACAGUCUCACCAGCUGUUCGCCGUGCUGUCCCUGUCCUGCGACUGUGGCAGCCACAUCGUCGCCAUCCUGGACGACAUGGAGAUGUACGAGCAGCAGAAGCCCUUCAAACUGGAGGAGCUGGUCAAGAUCUCGUCCUUCCUGAACGCCUUCGCGUUCCGACUGCUGUGGGACGGGAUAUACGAUGGGAAGAACCGCCACACCAGCCUGUUCCAGUCCGUGCACACGUUCCUGAUGCUGCUGUACGACAGGGACUGCAGGCGGCCGUUCACCGCGCCGGGACACUGGCUGAUCCGCGAGCUGAAGCCCAGCACGCUGGUGUCGGAGCUGGAGAAGGGAAAGCGGCGAGCGCUGCUCCUCCUGCACAUGAUGCCGCACGUCAUCCCACACAAGGACCGCGUCAUCCUGUUCAGAAGGUUUGUAACGGACGAGAAGAAAGCUUUGGGGAUCAUCGAGAACGAGUGUGCAUCGCCCAAACCCACCCUGAUCACGGUACACCGGUCACGGAUGGUGGAGGAUGGUUUCCAACAGUUGGCCCUGCUGCCACCACAAGCACUCAAGGGUAUCAUCAGAGUGAAGUUUGUGAAUGACUUGGGUCUGGACGAAGCAGGGAUUGACCAAGACGGAGUCUUCAAGGAGUUCCUUGAGGAAAUCAUCAAGCGAGUGUUUGACCCGUCCCUUAACCUGUUCAAGAUGACCAGUGGUGAGGAGAGACUGUACCCUUCUCCUACGUCUUACAUACAGGAGGACCAUCUCACACUGUUUGAGUUUGUGGGGAAGAUGCUUGGCAAGGCUGUGUAUGAGGGCAUUGUUGUCGAGGUCCCUUUUGCCUCCUUCUUCCUGAGCCAAGUGCUGUCCCAUCACCACAGCGCCCUCUACAGUUCCAUAGAUGAACUGCCGUCUCUGGACCCAGAGCUCUACAAAAGUCUGACCUUCAUCAAACACUACACAGAGGGGGAUGUGCGUGACCUUGAGUUGACCUUCUCUUAUGCAGAGGAUGUCAUGGGGAAGGUUGUGACCCAUGAGUUAAUGCCGGGUGGUCGUGCCAUCUCUGUCACCAACGACAACAAGAUCGCGUACGUCCACCGCGUGGCUCACUUCCGCAUGCACACCCAGAUCCGCGAGCAGACGGCGGCCUUCAUCCGAGGCUUCCGCUCCAUCAUCAGUCCUGAUUGGCUGAUGAUGUUCGCAGCGCCGGAGUUACAGAAGCUGAUAUCUGGAGACAACACAGAGAUAGACCUAGAAGACUUGAAGAAGUAUACCCAGUACUAUGGAGGGUUCCAUCCAGCCCAUAGAGUGGUCAUCUGGCUGUGGGAUAUUCUAGCCAAGGACUUCACCAAUGAUGAGAGAAAAGCCUUCCUAAAGUUUGUGACUAGUUGCUCCAAACCACCUCUGCUGGGAUUUGCACACCUGGAACCGCCCUUCUGUAUCAGGUGUGUGGAGGUGGCUGAUGAUCAGGAUACAGGAGACACUGUCGGAAGCGUGCUACGAGGCUUCUUCACCAUCAGAAAGCGGGACCCGGUGAACCGCCUCCCCACAUCCUCUACCUGUUUCAACCUGCUGAAACUGCCCAACUACCAGAAGAAGAGCACGCUGAAGGAGAAGCUACGAUAUGCCAUCAGUAUGAACACAGGAUUUGAACUGUCAUAGAGCUGUUGUGGUGAAGAAGUAGGGAGCUCUCAACCAAAUGGGUACCCUGGUAUCCAGUCUAUCGUAGUUUGGGCAGACUGUCUUCAGGGCUCUAAUAGUUUUCCCCCGUCCACCUGAACAGACUGCCAGUAGGAGUGUUAUGCCUGUAGGAAUUUUGCACGCCAGUUGAUUAGCUAAUUUAACUCCUGUGCAAAACCUACCGGAGAACCUAGCUGAGUCUGGCGGGGAAGAUCUCCUGCAGCCCCGAAGAAAACCCGCCCCAACCACGAUAGACUGGACACCAGGCUACCAAAUGGGAGGGGGCUCGGUGUAUGCCCCCCUGUCUUUUCCAGUUGUGUCCAAGAUUUCUUACUAUAGACACCGUUUCAGCAUUAUCCUCGCGAACAUAGACACAAUACAUAACUCAUUGUGACCUCAAGUGGUACCUAGGGAAUUUCUGUCAAGGUAUUUCAUUGAUUUAUUGGUGCCAGACCGGCAGCUUGAUUGUUAUUAUCAGCCGCCUCAGUGUGUACUGUGAUUUGAUGUACUUUGAAGUUCCGGGUUUGUGCACUAGGGGGAGCUACUCAUGUGAUGUCAUGUCUGGGAUUUCUGGACAGUUAGUUUUCAGGAGCAAGAUAUACCGGUAUGGCCAAAGUUACCUUUAAACAUCGUAUCAGAAUUAAGAUUUUAUGCAGACUAGAAGUGUUACAUCAGAAACGCAGUAUUGAGCAACAGCUAGCCACAAAUUUGAUAAACAAAUACAUGUACAUGUACAAUAUGAUUUAUUUUAUGGUGGCACUUUUUCAAUUUCAGAAUUAAUCUGAAAAUUGGAUGUGUAUUAUAUUUGUUCACUGUCGUAUCAGCACGAAGAGCAUGGUAGCCUGGUAUAGAUGUAUUAUUUAAGGAUUUGUAAUACUGGAUUGUUCUCUGUAAAAGUACUGUGGGGAGAGACAUGAUUUGUAAUGUACCCCAGUAUUGUGUGUGAUAGGACUUCAACCUUUUUGGAUAGCAGUGUGAUGGCUCUGUCUCCUCUGUAGACACUGCCCAUACAAAGCCUGGUAAAAAGGAGCUACAUCACCUAGCAAAAAUUUAAAAGUCAGGCAGACACAAUGGCCUAUCAAAGACUGUCUACACAAAAGAGGUGUUACAACUUUUGCAGUGAAAUUGUUUCUGAUUGGUCUGUUUUAGAUAAUUAGAUUUCUUUGUGUUAAAUGGUUAUCACGGGCAUUCCUACAGAAUGAAAAUUGUUGGCUACAGUGCUUUAUGUAAUUGUAUGCAAAAAUUGUUGGAUAAUUUAUUUGAAACUAUUGAGGAAUGUUGGUCUUGCAGUUGAUGCUUGAAGAGAGGACAGGCUCAUCAUAAUAGAAACCAAAUAAAGAUAAAUGUGGAUAGAGGAUGUAGACUAUUCCAGGUCAUAUGCCAUAGAGAUGUACAGCAAAGUCUAUAAUGAGUAGGUGUUGUCUAUAGGGCUGGUUAGAUGUGUAGAAAUCAGUAGGAGUGAAGAUGUGUAGUUAUGAGGUACAGUUGUGUAAGACAGUGCUUCUGUGGUACCAACUGAUCAUGUAUAAAUAUUUACUGUAUAUGAUGUAGAAAAUGUGAAUGUUCUGUCAACACAUAUCCAAGAUAGUGUUAACAGCGUACAUAUAAUAUCUUUCAGCAUUACUAGCCUAGGGUAACAUCGUAGACAUUUGGCACUAGCUUGAUUGAUUGAUUACUCUCAUAUUCUGUAAACUCCAAACUCUCUACUGUGUCUACUUUACCUUUCAGUCUGCUGGACAGACAAGCUACAUGUAGUUAUGAGAUGGUAUGUGAAACUUAAUACAUGUAGUAAGGUUUGUGUGCCAUGUAUAUGUGUUCAGAAAUAUGUUUGUAGCAUGUUAACCAUUGGAAUAGGGUACAUGUAUAUGUGGUCUCUCUCUAGUACUGUAGUUUCUUUGUACAUGUGUAUAGAAUCUUUGUCAGGUCCUGCAUACAAGAUGUCCAGCUGGACUGGACUGCACUUGGUUGUAUUCUGUCAUUGUAGAUUGAUGAUUUGUAUUUUGCAAGAACAAUGACGGCAGAAGGGCUGCAAUGGAUAAGAGACACUUUCUUGACGUAGGGGGGACUCAAUGACUGUUACAAGUAGGCUGGUUAGACUUAGCUGUUCAAAGGCAUUCUUGUUAGACCCUAUUUAGUGUUUGACUAGAUAUAUUAGCGUCAGCAUCUAGCAUUCAUGUCUGAUACAACAUGUAUAUGUGUGCGGAUUAUGUGCAGUUUUGUCUAUUGAAACAAAGGCAACAAACUGAGAAAUGGUGGGUGUAGAGCUGUACGGGCAUGCUAUAAAGUGUAACUGUUGCUGUCUUGAUACUGCCUAGAAAUGUGGUGAUUCCUAUGCUUGAUCGACAACUUGGCUAACAGAGGAAACUAUGUUGAUCUCAUUCAAGAGGUAUACAGAUGCAUAAGAUCAGCUGUGUAGUUGAAGUGGACUGUGGAAACAUUUGGCAGAGUAUUGUUUCUGUGAAUUUGGUUACUGUGAAUUUUGGGAUAGUCAAGAGGUGUACAAUUUGUAUUUUUAAGACAGCCUGGAAACAGGAACUGAGCUGCUA